UGGGUCUGCGUGCUGCCAACUGCCUUUCAAACCAAGCCCGUGGUGUACAGUGUGGGCAGCAAGGAGAGCUACUCGUUUGAGGAGGAUAUUGCAAAAGCCACAGGCGCCAUACCCCUCACCUUCGACCCUUUCAUCCCCCAAGAGGCGCAGCAACGCAUGCUCGCCCUGCCGUUCCUUCGCUACUUCCCCGAAGGCCUCUCGGGCAGAUCGAAACUUACGAAGAACAGGAAGAUGUUUCCGAACUACAGCUUUUCGACCCUGCCCGAGCUCAUGGCCACGCACAACACUGACUACAUGGAUGUGCUCAAGAUUGACUGCGAGGGGUGUGAGAUAGAGAUGAUUCGAGACCUGGAGCAGGCCAUGGGGGGAGAUUCCAGGGCUGGGCUUGUGCGGUUCGGAGGGAAGCUUCCGUUUGGACAGCUGCUGGUGGAGUUUCACAAGAUCCACGUUCCCAAAGUCACACUGCCUCUCAUAUACGCAAUUGAGAACCUCGGGUACCACCAGCAGCAGCAGCAGCAGCAGCAGCAGCAGCAGCAGCAGCAGAAGAAGAAAAAUAUCGGGCAAGAACAGCAGUCGCAGCAAGAGCAGCAGGGAGGGGAGUGA